AUGUCCUGGCAAGCUUAUGUCGAUACAAGCCUUGUUGGCACGGGCCACCUCAACAAGGCCGCCAUCAUCAGCGCUGCCGGCGACAGCACCUGGGCCUCGACGCCUGACUUCGUGGUAGAGCCUGAGGAGAUGGCUGAGAUCUCCAAGAUCCUGGCAGAGGAAGGGAACGGCCCCGCAGUAACCAAGGCCUUCCAGGAGAGAUUUAAAGUCGCCGGUGUUCGAUAUAUGGCGUACGACAUCCAGGACCGACAUCUCUACGGCCGUGAGGGACGGACCGGAGUCAUCGUCGUCAAGACGAAACAGGCCAUUCUCAUUGGCUACUACGGCGAGGAGGGCGUAGUCGGCAACGCGACAACAACCGUUGAGGCGCUCGCAGACUACCUGAUCCAGCAGGGCUACUGA